CCCGCAGACAUGGCAGGCGAGCUCCGACCGCGGCUCUGCGUCAUGGCCAGAGGCGACAACGGCUACGGCUUCCACCUGCACGGCGAGAAGGGCAAAAGCGGCCAGUACAUCCGCAAAGUGGAGCUCGACUCGCCCGCAGAGGCGUCGGGGCUGCGGGCCGGGGACCGAGUGGUGGAGGUGAACGGGGAGAACGUGGAAAGGGAGACGCACCACCAGGUUGUCCAGCGGAUCAAGGCCGUGGAGCACGAGACGAGGCUGCUGGUGGUGGAUCGUGAGACGGACGAGUACCUGCGCAGCAUGCGCCUCGCCUGCACAGAGGACAUGGCGAUCAGCGGUGGUGUUUCUUCAUCACCCUCCAGCACGCCCAGCACUCCCAGCAGGAGGGAAAAUGGGUCUGUGUCCAGACAGGCCAUCAAAGUGGCCAACGAAAAGCCCAAACCGAACAAGAGGUCACCUUCGCGGAGCACCAGAAAGGAGUCAAAGAGUAAAGCCCAAGACCCAGUUGAGCCUCCAGCCCAGAAUGAGAUCCAGGUGGAGGCUGAGACGGAAGCUGCUGAGCUUCUGCCAAGGCUCUGCCACCUGGUGAGGGGCGAAACGGGCUACGGCUUCAACCUGCACAGCGAGAAGUCCCGGCCGGGCCAGUACAUCCGCUCGCUGGACCCGGGCUCGCCUGCGGAUCGAGCCGGGCUAAGGCCGCAGGACCGGCUCAUUGAGGUGAACGGGGUCAACAUCGAGAACCUCAGGCACUCGGAGGUGGUGGCCUUCAUCAAGAGCGGAGGAAACGAGACGCGCCUGCUGGUGGUCGACCCAGACACAGACCAACACUUCAAAAAGCUUGGAAUCACUCCCACAGCAAGUCACGUUAAAGAUUUUGUCGCUGAACCCGUGACAAAUGGCUCUCAGAGUCCACAGAUCAACGGCAACUCGACAUCGCAAUCCACUCACUCUGAUGCGAGCAGCCCGGACGCAAGCGCACAGGUGGUGGACGAGGACGAGAGCCCCUUGCCGGACCCUUUUGAGGAGAGCGGCCUUCGCCUGAGUCCCACAGCAGCCGAGGCCAGGGAGAAGGCUCACGCCAAGCGCGCCAAGAAGAGGGCACCGCAAAUGGACUGGAACAAGAAGCACGAGAUUUUCAGCAAUUUCUGAUGUGCUUCCAUGCGCCCCGCCCACGGCUCUCCCAGCUCCCGAAUCCCACACCCGCUGCCUCCUAAUGAGAAUAGUAUGGAAGAAAGGGGCCAACUGUGUUUGUACAAAAGGCAGAGGAGAAAACUGUUACUCACAACUGACAUCUCCUGGGGCCAGAAUGAAAGAGACACCGGACCCUUUUACCCCCAAAAAGGAGGCAGUAAGAUCAUAGACCAUUGUUUUUUUUUAUUACUUUAUUUAGAACAUCCCAGCAGCUUAUUUGCAUACUUAUGUAUCCUGCGCUGCCCCGACUCCUACGUGCCCCAAUUAUCAGUAUUAGAUCAUCGUGGGGAUGCUUAAAGGCACCUGGCUCAGAUUAUCACCAGCGACUGAGCAUCUCUCUGAUGAUGACCCAGUCUUACCCAAUGGAGUGAGUGCUGAAGAUAACCAGACUGCCGCAGACCCCUUCCACGCGGCCGAAAAAGGGAACCUGUAGACGGUUUGGCCUUGCCAGCAGGGGUCGUGAGCGAGACGGUACAAUUUGUGUCUGGGAAGUUUCCCGCAGGAGUGGACCGGGUCAAAACUAAGAAAAGGACAGUUGCCAUCCUAUGCCUGAAAGGACAUGACAGCAGGCCGCAUUCAAUGGACAGCGGGAAAUGACGGUCAUUGUUUUUCUACUGCCUGUUUCAAAAAAGGAACACAGGGAAGAUAGGCUAACGAAGCAGGGUAAGCAUAUGGAGAACCUGCCUGAGCAUUGCUUUGUACCACUUACUGGGCAUACUUAGCCAGACUGUUUGAGUAUGUGUACCUUGGGGCGCACCUAAUGAAUUUAAUUACAAUUAUAUUUGGCACAAGCAAACAAGUUGUGGCUGCGGUGGUAUGACAUACAUUUGACGGGUUUUACAGGCAGACGGUAAAACGUGUUAAAGAGAUCAUGCGUAUUGGCUGCAUGAGCAUAAUUAGGACAAUUAACCACUAUGAAUAGAGAACCCCUAUGAUAUGUGAUGCUCCGAAUUUAAGUGGACGAUCACCCUUCGACGCUAACUUCAAAUCCACCAAAGCAAUUUUUUUUUUAUAUAUAUAUAUAUAAAUUAUUUUGUAUGCAUCAAAGCUGUGUUUUAAAAAAGGAGGGAAAGGUUAGAUUUUCAAAGACUGAGGAAUGUUUUGGGGCUUCUGCAAAUAAGGGCUCAUCUAAGAUCUCGCAGAUGGAAAGGAUCCCCGAUUGGGGAGAGAAGCCUUUCAGGAACAUCCUCAGUGCUUCUCAUCGUAAAACUGGACAAGAAACUCAGCGUUUCCUAACAGCGCGUGCUGACAUUUCCGAGAGGUCGUUCAAAAUUCAUACGCUUUACAUUUGUUCCAAGUACAGGAUGGGCAUCCUUGGUUUUACUGGAAAGGCAGCCUGGACUAUGUGUAUAGGUGAGCGUUAGAGCUCCAUGAUGGAAUGCACCUGGUUUGUUAUUGAGAUCCCUCCUGCAUAACACGCAUAUUCUACCUGCAGCAGUUUUCUAGUACCACCACAUUGUUAAUAUUAUAUGGUAAUUAACCAUAUGUCUUUUUUGCUCCAUCAGGCUAAACAGUGUAGCAUUGCUAUGUUUGUAGUAGUUCUCUAUUACUUCUCUUCUGCUGACCUCAUUUCAGGCUGAUUCAUCAUUCUUAAAACUGAUGGCUACAUGGGGAUGUACUCCGAGGCUGUUGAGCUGUGCUCCUGGAGGGGCAAUCCAGGAAGGUUUUCAUCUCAGCCUAGAAAUGAACCACUUGAUUCUGCUUACUGUCCGAACCCACGUAAAACCACUUUUGAGUUCUCACUGGCAUGAGGAGAAUUGGAAAACCUGCUGAACUCAGCCAUUCAGGCUACAGCGGAAUAACACUCAUGUAGUUCAGUUUAUAUUUGAAUAAAGUGUGAUGUUAUAUACAUCUCCGACCUGUUUUUGAGGUGCGUGUGCCCAAAUCACUCUUGUCAAACCAGGUGAAAUUUUGCUGAAAUAAUUCCCCACCCCUGGUAUGCCUCUCAAAGCGGACAAAUGACAGCAAGGAGGAGCAGACCCUGUCCAGACUGUCUCCAGCAGGAUCUUUAAAGAGUCAGCACUGUGUUCAUUUAUUACGCUUUUUCCCCAUGACCCCUUC